AUGGGUGCGCAAAUAUCGAAAAUCAAUAAUGAUCCUCGAUCUGUGUUGUACAAAGAUGUUGUUAAUAAUACUGUAUAUGAUAUUAAUAUUAUCGUAAUAAUCAACAAAAAACAGUAUAAAAUAGAUUCCUGCGUACAAACCGAUAAUGAAAUUUCCUUGGAAUAUGCUAAUUUUCGUUCUAUCCAAUUAAAAUAUGAAGAUUUGGUGGAAUCAAAAGUAAGGGUGAAUGAUGAUAAAACAGGCGUACAGCUAAAUGUGAUAGCUUAUGCGUUUGUUAAAGCAAAGCGUCGUUUUAUUCACGUUACAUUAACUUUCAGUAAAGAAAUUGAAGUGGAAAAUGUCAACAAAUAUAUCACGCAAAAAAUCACAGCGUUAAAAGCACCGCAUUUGCCCGAUAAAUUCCCGAGAUCACGCCGACGUGUAUUAGUGUUUGUAAAUCCAUUUGGCGGUCGAAAACGUGGAUUUAAAUUGUGGCAAAAAUAUGUCAAACCAACUUUGACAAUGGCAAACAUUGAUUUUCAACUAAUACUGACAGCUCGAGAAAAACAUGCGGUUGAAAUAACACAGAAUCUCAAACUUGACGAAUAUGAUGCUAUAGCUGCUAUCAGUGGUGAUGGAUUGAUAAUAGAAAUAAUAUCUGGUUUUUUGAUGAGAUCAGAUUUUAAGCGAGCUUUGAAAAUGCCAUUAGUACAUAUACCUGGUGGUACUAGUAAUGGAUUAGCAUCUAGCAUUUGUUUUCAGUGCCAUGAGCCAUUUUCACCACGUGGAGGAUUCUAUACUGAGAUGGCUGUUAUGUUGGUGCAACCUCGAUAUCUUCCAUUACGGAUUAAUCGAGUAGAAACGGAAUGUGAUGGUGACAAAGCUAUGUUUCUGGCAGUUUCUUGGGGUUUUCUUGCGGAUAUUGAUAUUGAAAGUGAACGUUUCCGUUGGGCAGGUAUGAUAAGGUUGCAAAUGGAAGCAGUUUCACGAUUCACAAAAUUACCUAAAGUUGCUCAUUACCAGGCGAGAAUAUCUUAUUUACCCGUUGACGAUAAAAAUACGUCACAAGUUUUUGCUAAUUUAAGAAAGAAUUUGCAAUAUAAAAAUUUCACUAAAGAACAUUUUUAUUAUCAGUCUAUUGAAAGUUUUACUGAUUCAAAAUCUGUCGAAAUUAAUAACGACAUCGAAAAUGGCGUAUUAAACAUGCCUAAGAAUGAUGAUUUAGUCCAAGUUCCUCCAUUGAAGGAUCCUGUUGGAAGUGACUGGGUUGUUCUAGAAGGCUAUUUUGUGUACGUUUGCUUAGCAAAUCUUUCUCACCUUGGAAGCGAUGUACCAUAUCUACCUUGCGCUCGUUUGAAUGAUGAAUUCAUUUAUUUAACAUUUGUUGAUUGGAAAGAUUUCAAAUCACAAUUUCAAUUUUGCAGGAUGAUUCAUUGUAUUGAAUCUUGUUCGCAUUUAUCUUACCCUUUCUUGAAGGUGAUUCCAGUUCGAGCAUGUCGUGUGGAGCCGUUGAAUAAUUGUGGAGGACAUGUAACUGUAGAUGGUGAAGCAAUAACUUCUGGUUCAGCUUUUCAAAUAAUCCCAACAAAACAUUGUGCUACGAUUAUUGGACGGAAAAUAAGAAAUUAA